UUGUGACCUGCCCGGGUCCCUCCCCUCCCUGGGCACUGUGAUGCUGCAGGGCAGCUGCUGGCCCAGCAUGUCUGUCCCCAGCCCCCUCCCGCCCGGUGUGUCACAACAGCGGAGGCGGCUGUAUCUGGAGCAGUUAGGGUGGGCAGGCCCAGCUGGGAGGCAAGCCGGCGAGGAGAGCAGCCGCGAUGCGGGAGUGCAUAUCAGUCCACGUGGGUCAAGCAGGAGUUCAGAUUGGCAAUGCCUGCUGGGAGCUCUUCUGUCUGGAACACGGCAUCCAGGCGGAUGGCACCUUUAGUGUCCAGGCCAGCAAGGUCAACGACGAUGACUCAUUCACCACCUUUUUCAGUGAGACUGGCAAUGGGAAACAUGUGCCUCGGGCUGUCAUGGUAGAUCUGGAGCCUACUGUGGUAGAUGAAGUUCGGGCAGGAACCUACCGUCAGCUCUUCCAUCCAGAGCAGUUGAUCACAGGGAAGGAGGAUGCAGCUAACAACUAUGCCCGGGGCCACUACACAGUGGGCAAGGAGAGCAUCGACCUGGUGCUAGACCGCAUACGGAAGCUGACAGAUGCCUGCUCUGGCUUGCAGGGAUUUCUGAUCUUCCACAGUUUUGGUGGGGGCACUGGCUCUGGCUUCACUUCUCUGCUGAUGGAACGGCUCUCCCUGGAUUAUGGCAAGAAGUCCAAGCUAGAGUUUGCUAUCUACCCAGCCCCUCAGGUCUCCACUGCAGUGGUGGAGCCCUACAACUCCAUUCUGACCACUCACACCACACUGGAACACUCAGAUUGUGCUUUUAUGGUGGAUAAUGAAGCUAUCUAUGACAUCUGCCGCAGGAACCUAGACAUCGAGCGCCCCACCUAUACCAAUCUCAACCGCCUCAUCAGCCAGAUUGUGUCUUCCAUCACUGCCUCUCUCCGCUUUGAUGGGGCCCUUAAUGUGGACCUCACUGAGUUCCAGACCAACCUGGUGCCCUACCCCCGCAUCCACUUCCCACUGGUCACUUAUGCACCCAUUAUAUCUGCUGAGAAAGCCUAUCAUGAACAACUCUCCGUGGCUGAGAUAACCAGCUCCUGCUUUGAGCCCAACAGUCAGAUGGUGAAGUGUGACCCAAGACAUGGGAAGUACAUGGCCUGCUGCAUGCUCUACCGGGGGGACGUGGUGCCUAAGGAUGUGAAUGUUGCUAUUGCUGCCAUCAAAACCAAGAGGACUAUUCAGUUUGUAGAUUGGUGUCCCACAGGCUUUAAGGUGGGCAUCAACUAUCAGCCACCCACCGUGGUGCCAGGAGGGGACCUGGCCAAAGUCCAGCGGGCUGUUUGCAUGCUGAGCAACACUACUGCAAUUGCGGAGGCCUGGGCCCGCCUGGACCACAAGUUUGACCUCAUGUACGCCAAGCGGGCCUUUGUGCAUUGGUAUGUUGGAGAGGGAAUGGAAGAAGGAGAAUUUUCUGAGGCCAGGGAGGACCUGGCUGCUCUGGAGAAGGAUUAUGAAGAAGUGGGGACUGAUUCAUUUGAAGAAGAAAAUGAAGGGGAGGAGUUUUAAAUAUAACACUUUCCCCUUGGCUGUGUCUCUUUAUUUAUGCUUCUCCACUCAAAGCACAUUUAACUAUUCCAAGAGUAACAGACUAUACCCCUAAGCAAGCCUAAUUUCUGUUUUCCAUUGGAAGAGGUGUCUAACACCAGUGCCUGUGGGUGACUGGGCCAAAAAUGGACGCUGAACUGUUCAGACCCUCCCUUGGGUAAAAGCAGCUUUGUGUCACUAAAAAAAAAAAAAAAAAAAAGAGAGAGUCACUGUCUCUAGUUAGGGUGAAGCCAGGUUACAUGUUGUGAAGAGACCUAAUCAGGAUUUUAAAUUCUGGAUUAGUCUGGGCCCACCCCAAAAUGUAGCCUGUUGGCUAUGGA